CCGCUUAUUCCUAACCAAAACGGCUACAACAGAGCUAGUUAUCUGGCUGAAAUCAAUAAUUCCAUUGAUCAAGUCCAACGGCUUCUCUACCUGAUUUUAGCUGAACAGGUUCAUUUGACCAUUAUCCUUAGAUUAAUACGACUCUUGGUUCUCAUAGGUCUAAACGAAUCCACUUCUGCAAGCAAGGUCUUUAAUACUUUUAAAUACUGGGAUAAAACUUUGAGAGACAAAAUAUUUUCUUCAAAACUCAUGAAAUACUUGAACGAAAAUUAUAUGGGUCGUCUUGCGAUCACUCUUCACAACGAUCUCAAGGAAACAGGUUGCGACUCAUUGGUAAUCCUCCAUUAUCCUUGGGAAGGCAUGUCAAAAUUUUCUAAUUUGGAGCAAUAUGGGAUUGUGAAGCUUAAGUAUACCUCUGUUGAGCAGUUUCAUUCUGCUCUUCGAGACAUCAUCGCACCAAUAGCUACUGAAGAAAGUGAUGCUUCAGAUAUCUCAAUAAAACAAUUUCCAGAUAAUCGUAAGCAGCAGAAUAAUGUAUUAACGCCAACCGCUUUUAUGAACGAGCAUGAUCAGAACAGUGAAAAGCUUGAAAUUUCCAAAGAAACCCCCCAAGAGUCAGCCACAGAAAUCCAAGCUUGGUUUCGUCAGAUUCACGAUUCUUCUGAGGCCAAAGAAUCUGCUAUUAAAAUUCAAGUCUGGUUUCGCC